AUGCAUCUCAAUAACUCCAACAAGAAGCGCAAUCGCCGACCUCGAAGUGAUUCCCAAGGAUCCACUUCAUCAACGUCCUCUGCCUCCUCCCUCUCGGAUGGAGAACAAGGACACUCUUAUCAUCGCGCACCUCAAUCAAAAGGCAAUCUGAACCAACAGGAGAAGAACAAUGUCAACAACAAAUGCCGUCGCUCUAAAGGAAAACGCCGAUCACGCUCUCACAAGAGAGAAAAGAAUCAACUAUCACUUCCUGAAGAGGCCAAGUUUGUGGCACUGGACUGUGAAAUGGUGGGCAUUGGAGAGGACGGUCACACCUCUUCCGUUGCCAGAGUCACGGUCGUUGAUUGGGAUGGGAAUUCCCUCUUGGAUGAAUACAUUCAACAAGCGGAACCAGUUACAGACUACCGUACCUUUGUCUCGGGCAUUAUUGCUCAAGAUUUAGACGAUGCCACACUUUCCUUGGAAGACUGCCGAGACAUGGUCUUGCAACUCUUGCAAAAUCAUAUCUUGGUAGGUCACGCCUUGAAAAAUGACCUCAAGGCAUUGGGCAUUUCCCAUCCUUGGUGGCUGACAAGAGAUACCGCCAAGUUUGAACCAUUUAUGAAGGUUCGGUUUGACGAUGGUGUGUUGUGGCCACGCAAACUCAAAGAAUUGGUCAGCGAAAAGCUGCACCAAGAAAUUCAAAUAGAGGGCAAACCACACAGCCCCUAUGAAGACGCUCUGGCAGCCUUGGAUCUCUACCGAUCGGUACGCACCAAGUGGGAGAGUGCCAUGACAUACAAAAUUGAUAAGACGAAUCAAAUUCGAUUGCAGCAUCAUCAACCAGUCUUGGCGCAAUAA